UGGGGGUUCCUUCACAUUUAUCUUUCUCAUUCCCUUAUCUCUCUCAUCAACCUCCUUCUUGGAUUCUCAUACACUUUUUUGGAUCUGUUGAACUGCUUUCUCCCCUCUGCAACUUCCAUUCUUCUCUCCACAUCAAAAUUCUCAACUCUCUCUCUUUCAAAUUCAUACAAUAACAAGUUUUCUCAAGAAUGCGUUCUCCUGGUCCACUAAAGCAAAAAAUUCUGAAGAAAUGGAUGAUGGGACUCCAAAGAUGUAAGAAGAAUAUGAGCAUCUUGGAGAGAAAAAGGGCCAUAAAGUUGUCCGCAGAUGUGGCCAUGGCUUCUUUAAGGAACGACGCGGCAUAUUGGAGUCGAGUUCUCAUUGCUAAAGCUGUGAAUGAAGCCAAUAAUAAGAAAAUAGUGCAGAAGGUUUUUACAAUAAGAACAGCUGCAUGCAACAAGAGGAUCAUCCGAAGCAAGAAGAUCCUGAAAAGGGCUCGAAGAAGGAGAAAACGUACAGCACAAGCAAGCUCUAUCACCAAAGGGUUGGUUAGGAAAAGAAGAAGAAUUUUGAAAAGUUUAAUCCCAGGGGGAGAGUUUAUGAAUGGAGUCACUUUGAUUGAGGAAACCCUAGAUUAUAUCAUAUCACUCCGAGCUCAGUUUGAUGUAAUGGAAAGUCUUGCCAGAUUUUCAGAGAAUCAGAGCCAGUGAACCUUAAUUAAGAGCAUCAAUGGUAUGCAUGUGGAGAGAGGGGGGAAAUGUGAAGGAAGAA